UAGAAAAGCCCAUUCCCAGGAGCAACUUUGCAUUUAAUGCCAUUCCACUUUUUCUCUCACACACUUUGGCGGGUAGGCAUACAAACAGACGAGUUUCUAGAGAGAGAAACACACACAAAAAAAAAAAAAAAAAAAGUGAAAGCACAAGAGCUAGAGAGAGAGAGUGAGAGAGUAAGAAAGAGAGAGUGUGACCGUACGAACGAAAAACAUAUUACUUUCAAUUCAAGAAUCAGACACUGUACAAGGAAAAAAAAUAAAAAAUAAAAUCUCACUGUAGGAAAAAAAUCUCUCUCGUGCAAAAACCGAAAAGGGCGAAGACGUGUAUAGUAAAAAAACAGCCCUCGAUCGUUGAUCUCUCCCAAUCGUUAAGAAAAACGUGGUGUACAGAAGUGGAUUCUUUGGUUACUUAGGUUUUUUGUUUGCCCUAUUUUUUUUUUAUGGUGGUGCAGUCAUAAUUGAAUGGAGUUGUACGGGGAUCAACAGCAGGUGGAAUGGGCUCAAGAAUCCGGUUUGGAAGAAUCGAUGCGGAGGUUAAAUUUGUGGGAGAGAGAAGUGUACCCGGAGAGGCCGGGUCAACCCGACUGCGCCUACUUUAUGCGAACCGGGUCUUGUGGCUACGCCGCCAAGUGCCGCUACAAUCACCCCCGUGAUCGGACCUCCUCUUUGGUAGGGGGAGAGUAUCCCGAGCGAGUAGGGGAGCCUAUUUGUCAGUACUAUUUAAGAACAGGGACCUGUAAAUUCGGCGCCUCCUGCAAAUUCAACCACCCCAAAAACGCUGGCGGUUCAUUAACCAACGCACCCCUAAAUAUCUACGGAUAUCCAUUACGAACGGGGGAGAAAGAGUGCUCCUAUUAUUUGAAAACGGGGCAAUGCAAAUUCGGUAUGACAUGUAAAUUCAAUCACCCUCAACCAGACGGCACAUCUGCUGUGUCAGCAUCUGCACGUCCAUUUUAUCCAACGAUGCAGUCUCUUUCCUCUCCUUCUCCUGAUAAAUAUGACACAUCAGCAUCCACCUUUAGGGUUGCUAGGCCUCCGCCAUUGUUGCCCAGUUCCUACGUGGCUGGUGCAUACGGUCCUAUGCUGCUCCCUGGUGUUGUUCCUAUUCCAAAUUGGAAUCCUUACUCGGGAGCGGUGAGCCCUGCACCAUCACCUGGUCCACAAACAUCAGUUGGAGGUGCAGCUUCUGGUUAUGGACUGUCGCAGAUAGGUCCUUCUGGUGCACCUGCAUACGGAGGAACUUAUUCUCAGUUGCCCUCGUCUUCACUCAGUGUAACGAAAGAGCACAAACUUCCGGAAAGAUCCGGACAGCCUGACUGCAAGUACUACAUGAGAACUGGUGACUGUAAAUAUGGAUUGUCUUGUCGGUACAACCAUCCACCCGAUUGGCUUGUCUUGAAUAAUUGUGCUCUUAGUCCCUUGGGCUUUCCUCUUCGUCCGGGGGUGCAGGCCUGCUCUUUUUAUCUGCAGAAAGGUCACUGCAAAUUCGGGCGGGCGUGCAAAUUUGAUCAUCCGAUAAAAUACAGUCCAGAUUCAUUGUAUACCGAAAUGCCAGGGUGAACAUACUGCAGGUCCGAACCUCUAAUUCUCGAGGCAAAGAUCUCUCGACUUUCAAGUAUAAACAUUGGCCGAAAUAAACAUUGUACAUAUUUCCGUUUUUUUUUUUUCCUUUUAAAUUUAUUUAUUGCUUCUGUGAAACUCAUUGAGAAUACAUUUUUAUUUCGAUUGUUAGAAUGUUAAUUGACUGUUUAUAUGGUGUGUAACUCCAUAUCGAAAGCUAUUAAAGUGCUCGAGUUAAAUUUGAUUCGUCGUCGUAGUUG